UAACAAUAAGACGUGAGAGCUUUGGCAGAUAGCUAUUUGUUUUCUUCUCACAAAAAACCACCCUUCCGGCCUUUUACUUUACCUCCACCUGCAGCAGAGUACUCUGUUUUUUCCUUUCGUAGGACAAAAAGUAGCGAGAGCCAGAGACAGAGUCAACUUCUUCACUCCAUUAAUUUACUGUCCUCUCCUCUACUGGUUCUCUGUUGUGUGCCAUGGAUGCUCCUCCGGCCACUACUUGAUGAUCUGGCGGUGGCCGGUGGGACCCAACCACCGUCUGACGUGUUGCGGCGGGUGGCUUGAUGAAGAAAGAAUGAGACCUUUCUGCUUCCUGCCUGCCUCGGACGGCAUUUUGUGGAAUAAUAUCUAUACUACUCUUACGUUAAGGAAGAAGGUUGGUGUCGAAGAGAUAGAACGGGAACAAGUGAGAUUCAUAAUGUUUCAGUCA